GACGAAGAGCGCGGCGGCCGCCGCAGACGACCGCUUGUUACUGACGUGCUCCUUGCCAUUAAGCCAGAGCAUCUCACGAACAUAGCCCGCCAAAAAAAGAACCAUGAAUACCGGAAGUAUCGGUUGCGUGACGGUGUGGAACGCUUGUGGCUGUACGAAACUGGAGGGGGCAACGGCCGGUCAGCGAUCACGUAUGCUGAUAACAAGUCAUCAUUAAACAGGCACAUUGCUGUAAUCCCAGCCGACGUCCGUCGCACACCCGGCGAGGUACCAGCGGAGCCUUUCGGCAUCGGCAACGACGAUUUCAAUUCCGGGCGAAAACAGUCCAAGUACGGCUACCCAAUCCUUGAGUUGUACGAAUUGGUCAAACCAGUCAGGUUGGCCGAGAUGAAGAUGCUGUGGGGAAUGGGCGGCGCGCCGAUGGGCUGGCGCUACCUUGGGAAGGGCUUAUGGAAUGAUCGAUGGGACGUUGAGGAUGCGCGGGAUGACACGUUGAAGAAGAUCUUUUAA